UGUUAAGUAAGAUAGACUUAAUAGCCUCCGUACCGGACAAGUAGACACUUGAUAAAUAAACAUUUAAUCAAAGUAUUGUGAUAAUACCGUACGGAUGUACAUUACAUUUAUUAUCAAGUGAUACACAGUUGAAACGUGAAAAUUUAUUUAUAUUUAUAUAGAUAAUGUGCAUAUUUAUAUGAUUGAUAUUGUAUUGGUCAGAAUACAUAACAAUUAAAAGCGCGGUACUUUUUCUUAGAAAAUGGUGGUGAUGUGAAUUUUUUGUUUUUUUUUUGUGUGAAAAUAUCACCAUAUUAAAAGUAGUAUACAAUAAAAGCAGACAAUAUGAACUAUAUAACAUUAUCAAAGGGAAUAAUGAAUGAAAUUAUAUAUCAAAUGAACAUAUAUGAAUAUUACAUUAAAAGGUUCAUCUGUAUCAACAAAGUAACCUAUAAUUGCUUGAAAGAAAUUAAAUUUUAAUCAUAGAAAGUGGAUAAAUUUUCGGAUAUACAAUGGGCGGAUAGUGUAUACAUCAUAAUUACAUGCCUGUGAGUCAAAUUCGCGUGGAUAAAGAUUUGUUUCGCUUGACAUGGGAAUGUUAGUUUACUCAACAAACAUUAUAGAUACAGAUUUUCUUCACAAAGUUUUAUACAUGAAAUUCAAACAUACGCACAUCAACAUUUAUAACAUGUGAAUUUCACGAAAAUAUGUAACAGUUAUUUUCAAGUUUGUGACGAGACAGAUAAUGCGUUUUUGCAUACAUAUUUCAAAACAUAUAAUUAUAGAAUAAGUUUAUGUCUAAAAUAUAAAAAAUGGAUUGCAAAGAUACUAAACAUUUUGCAAUAAUUUGCAUCUGCUGCCUUCUUUUAACUAGGUUUUCUAAAGUCAAUGCUAUAACCAGUAAAGUGUCAUUUGUUAAUAAAACUGGGGAUUUUAUCAUUGGGGGUAUGUUUCCCAUACACGUACUCACAGAGAAGGGAAACUGUGGCAAAGAAUUCAACGAUCAGACCGGGAUUCAGAAUUUAGAGGCGUUUUUGUACAGUCGAGAAAAAGCAAACGAGCUGAUUCUAAAAAGUAAAAAUAUAACAUUGGGUGUGAUAGCGUAUGACACGUGUGACAGUGAUACCCAGGCGUUAGACCGUGCACUUGAGUUUGUUAAGUUUCAAACUGUUCUCCAGCACACGACGGACUACGUUUGCGCGGAUGACAAACCACCAAGUUAUGUAAAAAAUCAUGGAAAACUUCUCGGUGUGGUAGGGGGAUCAUCAUCUAGUGUGUCUAUACAACUUGCAACGUUUCUGAGGUUGUUUAAAGUACCACAGAUUAGUUACAGUGCUACAAGCCCAGCAUUAAGUGAUACCUCCAGAUAUGAAUAUUUUUUUAGGACUGUAGCAUCUGAUAAAUACCAGGCGAAGGCUAUUGUGGAAAUAUUAAAGACCUUUGAGUGGAAGUAUGUAAUUGGUUUUUAUGACGAUUCGAGUUAUGGCAUUGAAGGAUUUCACGAAAUUACUGCGCACGCGGAACGUGCGAACAUCUGUAUUGCAAAAUCAUAUAAAGUCAAUAGAUAUUUCAAGAAUAAAGAGAAGUAUGAGGAUGAUCUUCAGAUGAAAAUAAAUGAUACACUUCAAUUCAACAACACGGAAGAUAAGAUCGUUGCAGUGUUAUUCGUAUCAGCUAAUAUUGCCAAUAAGAUAUUUACUAUAGCCAAUAACUUGAACAUGACCGACAAGUACAUCUGGAUCGGUAGCGACGCGUGGACGGGCCAAUAUCUGGUGGGCGGAGUCAAGCAUGCUCUCGGUAUACAGCCGAAAAUUGAAGUAAUAAAAGAGUUUGACGAUUAUCUAAACAGUUUGACAACAACCCAUGAUGGUACAAACCCAUGGUUUAAACAGUAUCGUGAACAUGUAUGCAGCGACGAAGAUCAAACGCCAAUACGGAAUACAAAACAAGUAGAUUGCAAAGAUGCGAAAUUGUUCUUCAACAAUAAUGAUAAAUUUAAGAAGAAUAUGAACACCUAUGCUGUAAUGGACGCUGUGUACGCGUUCGCGCAAGCACUAAGCGACCUUCAUACUGACUUGUGUGGGAAAGAUGAAAAGAAUAUAUGUCUUGAUUUAAAGAGUAUAGAGGCUGAAAAACUGAUGCGUUAUUUGAAGAAUGUGACAUUUACUGGAACUUCUGGACUUGAAUUCCGAUUUGUUAACAACAGUGGCCCAGCAAGAUAUAGUGUUAUGAAAUAUACCAACAAUGUUUGGAAGGAGAUUGACAACUGUCAAGUCACUAACUACUCAUCAAUUGAUGACGACAUAUGGUUUCACAAUCUAAGAAAGAAGAAGACUGAUUAUAGCGGAGUUUAUAAGCCAUCUAAAUGUUCAGUUGAGUGUGGAAAAGGGGAAGCCAAACUGCUUCAUGCCAAUAAAUGUUGUUGGACAUGUAAACGCUGCGAGGCCAAUCAAUACCUACAGGUUCGAAACCAAAGUUGUUUGGAUUGCCCCGAAGGUCAAAGGGCAAACAGCUCUCUAAAUGGAUGCGAGAUAAUUCCAGAAACGGAAGUGGACAUUGGCUGGAUCAUUUCCGCUUAUACCUUCAGCAGCCUUGGUGUGAUAGCUACUUCCGUCGUGGCGGCCAUUUUCUAUUGGCAGAAGCAGACGCCAUUAAUAAUGGCCUCCGGAAAAGAGUUGAGUUUUGUGUUGUUAUUGGGAAUCUUGAUGUCUUACCUGUCUACGUUUACUUUUGUUGCCGAACCUAGCGCGGUGUCAUGUGGGGCAACAAGGAUGAUGCUUGGACUAAGUUAUACAGUUGUGUACGCAGCCAUUCUUGUGAAGACUAACAGAAUAUACCGAGUUUUCAAUAUCAAUACGAGCAAGCCAAAGAAAGUUAGGUACAUCGACGCAAAGUCGCAACUUUUGAUAACAUUUAUGAUCGUCUCGGUGGAGAUUGUCGCACUAGUCACGUGGUUAAUCCUAGAUCCUGCAGACGACACCUAUAUGUACCCCACGCCAACAAAGAAGAUUCGUUUAUGCGAUGACGCGAAAGAUUUUGCAUACCUUGGAGCUCUUGUCUAUCCAUUCAUUCUCAUGGUUUUAUGUGUAUAUUACGCAAUUCGGACGCGAAAGACUCCGGAUGGUUUUAAUGAAACACGUUAUAUAACAUUUGGAUCUUACUCAUUCUGUGUUUUAUGGAUUGCAUUCACGUCAAUUUACUUCUCUGUGACAGACAAAACUAUAAGAACUGUUUCUCUGUGUUUUUCGUCUUCAAUAAACGCCACAGUGACGUUGAUAACGUUAUUCAUCACAAAGACUUACGUUGUGAUCUUUCGUCCUGAGAAAAAUACGAGAGAGAAUGUGAUGUCACGAAGAAGAACGCAUAGUUAUGAUACAGUCAAUAUGAGCAAUAUGAACAAUCUAAGCAGAAUGGCUAGUGCAGUUUCAACUUGGCAUUCUGUGAAUGCACGUUUCGACUCGGAAGAUUCACAAAACCCAACAAUAACAAUCAGUCAAAAACCAAAGUUUUCAAACCACUUGUCCGUAUCUGUUGUCUCAAUGAAUAAUCUCGGCCAAUCAGAUGGCAGCGUGUAUUCAAAUGUGACCUCAAUCUCCGCCCCUCCAGAUCAUCGUCACAUGACGGAAGAGGAAGUGAAGGCACUGUCUGCGCCGUUUAAACAAUCGUCGACAGAUUUAGGUGAUGAAAGACUAAAGCAAUUUCUUGAAAAACACGAAAAGCCUGAAACCGAUUUAGAAAACGGUAUAGGGCCAGCGGCUAGCAGACGGUCAAUGAGAUCUUUCAAGUCCAGACGAAAACGACGGCGCACAAUGAAGAGAACACGAAGUUUAGAUGGCGCUAAUGUGCUUAAUAUUCCAAAUAUAAUAGUAACUACAAGUUCUCAGGAAGAUAACUCUGUCAAAGUAGUGAAGCUGUGAGAUCAAGUGAUUAAUGUAUCACGUGAUGAAGACUACGAGAUCAUGUGACUGAAGCUAUUCGAAUAGGGCAGCUCUUCUAAAUUGUUCACAGUCAUAAUUAUAUGCUAUUCGUUUUUGGGAUGGUUUUUUACUGAUGACAGUUCCGUGAAAAUCGUGUAAUAAUUUAAACUAUGCCAGAUUUUUUCUAUGUUUAGUAAACAUGAAAGCAUUUCUUUAUUACCAUACGAGUUUGUGAUACAAAUACAAAUUUGUCUGUUAACAUUACCUAUGUUGGGAUGCCUUCAAAGUUAUAUAUAUUUUGUGUAGCGAAAAAUUAAUUUAAUAGGUAUCAAUUUAUUUUUACUGUAUUAAUUCUUUAAGUCGUGUUAUUCAUUUAAUUUGACUGUACACAUUUAAAUAACUACAUAUACAUUAUAGUACUUUAUGUACAGAAAAUUAUUGAAUUUAUAUUUAUAAUAUACUGUAUACUUAUUGAGCGUCUACCAUAGAAAAGGGUUUGAAAUGGCUUUUCAGUUAGGGUCGAAAAGUCUCCUUAAAAAGUGGCCGAAGAGUCAAUGGGUUCAUAAGUCGGCCAAAGAUCGUUAGUUAGAUCAGUAGAUGUAAAUGUCUUACUUGCUUACAUCUGUUUUUGUCGGGGGUUUUGUUGUUGUUGUCGUUUUUUAACUAAAGUUACAAGAAUUUUAUUAUAUUUUAACAAUGAAGUAUGCAUCAAGACAUCUGGAGUAACAAGCCGAUGCCUCAAAAUAUUUUUCCUAAAAUGACCGACUGGGCUUUUCAUUUUAUCUAACAAUGCCUUAGACAAUGCCCUGGUUUUAACAAGAAAUUACUAAAUAUUUCUUAAUUCUACAUUAUACCACAAAAGCAUUCAUUUCAUAAUACUUCAAAUGAAUUGUCGAAGAUCAUAUUCCUUAACACUUAUUCACAGUGACUUAGAAAAAGAGCCGCACCAUGACAAAAGCAACGUACUGCGUUUGCGACCAGCAUGGAUCCAGACCAGCCGGCGCAUCCGCGCAGUCUGAUCAGGAUCCACGCUGUUCGCUUACAAACCAUAUAACAAGUAGAGAAACUGAUAGCGGACAGCAUGGAUCCUGAUCAGACUGCGCGGAUGCGCAGGCUGGUCUGCAUCCAUGCUGGUCGCAAACCCAUUAUGUUGGUUUGGUCAUUCACGACUCAAAAGUAUUUGGUUUAAAUUUGGAUUCAAGUUUGAUUUCUCGCCCAACCCUAUCACAAUAGUUACCUCAGCUUUAAAAUUAAAUGUCCCUAUAAAGUAGAUUUAAAGUUUGACAUGUAUUAAUGAUUUUAUUUAUACGAGAGUGUGUGUGUAAAUUAUGUCAAUAUUAGUUAAUAAAAGUUAAUUUAUGCUUUUAUUGAUAUAUGUAUAUAAAUUCUGUCAAUUUCAGUUAAUAAAAGUGUAUUUAGGCUUUUAUUGAUAUAUGUAUGUAAAUUAUGUCACUAUUAUGGAUAUUGAAAGUGCCAAAUGUUAUUUUUAUAAUUCUAUAAUCAAACGCAUGUACUAUUAAUAUAGAUAAUGAAUUGCCAUAUAUUAAUAAUAAUGAAUAAAAUGAAACA